AUGGCGCCUCUCCAGAACGGUUACUCGAACGGGAUCAACGAUGAGACCCUGAAUUCUCACACUUCUCUGGCCAAUCUGCGCUUCUCGGAUAUUCCGUCUGCCAUUGAUAUCCCCGCCUCGACUUUUGACAGUGAGGUCGAGGUCAGUCUCGAAGACCUACCAGAUGACCCGACCGAACUCUGCACGCUUCUGGAAAAUGAGAAGGCGGCCAAAAACUUUUGGGUUAUCAUCGCGCUAGCGUAUGCCAAGCAGAAACAGCUCGACCAUGCUAUCGAGAUCCUCCAGAAGGGUCUGGCCUCCGUGGCCCAUGGUGCGACAAAAGAAAAGUUGGUGUUGCUGAGUUGGGUCGCCUGGCUGUUGAUGCUCAAGAGUCGUCAGGCGCCCAGAGUGGCUCCUGAGGGUUCCGAUGUGAAGACCAAAGACUACUACCUGCAGCUCACGACUUCGACCUUGAAUGAAGCAUCCCGACUCAAUCCGGCUUUUCCUCCGUUGUUUCUCGCUCGUGGCGUCCUCUCUCUCCUUCGGGCCUCUCUGUACCCUCCAAAACCAGUGCGACCGGGAUCUGUCGAUAAUUCGGAAAGGGUCGAGGCGUUGCGACAAGCCUUGAAAUGCUUCGAAGAGUCGUCCAAAGCUUUCGGUGGAAGGAAUGUGAUGGCCAUUCUGGGCCAUGCCAGAGCACAGUACUGUCUUGGCAGAUACGCCGAGGCGCUUGAGGGCUAUCAGAAGGCUCUGACAAAAAUGCCGGGGCUGACAGACCCUGAUCCACGGAUAGGCAUCGGCUGUUGUCUGUGGCAGCUUGGGUUCAAAGAUCAGGCGAAAGUGGCCUGGGAAAGGGCGCUAGCUUUGAAUCCGAACUCGAAGGUCGCGAACAUCCUGCUUGCGGUGUACUAUCUCUACGAUAGCUCCCGCCACCCUACUACCGAUCCCGCUUUUGGGUCUUUGUACAAGGUGGCCAUGACCCAGUAUACACAAAAGGCUUUCAAGCUGGAUAAGGAGUAUCCGAUGACCUGUGCCUUGUUCGCCGGAUAUUUCCUUCUCCGCAAGUCCUACAGUACUGUGGAGACUUUGGCGCGUAAGGCUAUCGAGCAAACUGAUGUGAUGCCUAUUGCCAGCGACGGUUGGUACUUGCUGGCACGCAAAGAGCAUUACGAAGGCCAGACGGCGAAGGCCUCAGAGUAUUACAAUCGGUCUGAUCAGGCCCGGGGUGGUGGCGACAAAGGCUAUCUGCCCGCCAAGUUUGGUGUCGUGCAGAUGCAAGUCAAAAACAAGGAUUUCGAUGGUGCUAAGUUCAGGCUAGAAAAGAUCAUCGAGCAGACAAAGAGCCCGGAGUGCAUGAUCUUGUUGGGGGCACUCCUUGCCGAGGAGGUUUUCGCCGCUCAGGCUAGCGGGAGCAAAGAAGAUAAAUCCGCGGAUGCCAAAAAGGCCAUCAGCCUCUUCGAGUCUGUUCGUGCUCUCUGGAAGGAUGAGAAGAAGAGGAUCUCACCGGAUGAAUCUGUCCUCGUAUACCUUUCGCGGUUGUACGAGACGGUGGCUCCCGACAAAAGUAUGCAAUGUCUCACCCAGCUGGAGGAAAUGCAAAUGGCGCAGAUCCCUGAAGAAGACCGGCCUGAGGAUAUCAACGACCCGGAAGCGAUGAAAGCAGCCCUGCGCGAGUACUUGCCUCCGCAGCUCCUCAACAACAUCGGCUGUUUCCUCUAUCAGUCGGAUAAGGCUGAACAGGCUCGAGAACUCUUCCAGACUGCCUUGAAUGCUUGUACGAGGCAGGAGAAAGAAGAGGACAACAGUACAGAUACGGAUGCUCUGAUCACAACGAUCAGCUACAACCUUGCCCGCACCCACGAGGCUCUCGACAAGCCAGAGGAAGCGAAAAAGGUCUACGAAGAGCUUCUCGCACGGCAUAGCGAUUACACCGAGGCUAGCGCGAGGUUGACGUACAUUGCACUCCGUCAGAGCCCUACGGACGAAGGACCUAAGAAGAUGGCGAAGCUCUAUGAGACCGAGUCGACGAAUCUCGAAGUCCGAGCUCUCUUUGGGUGGUACCUCAGCAAAUCGAAGAAGCGGGCUGCGAACCUUGCGGAGGACCACGAGCAGCGGCAUCACAAGCAUACUUUGCAACACUUUGAUAAGCAUGAUCGAUACGCGUUGACCGGAAUGGGCAAUGUCCAUCUUCUCACUGCUCGGGACAUGCGGCGUGAUACCGAUCAAGACAAAGAGAAGAGACGGAAAAUGUACGAACGCGCUGUGGAGUUCUUCGACAAAGCGCUGCAACUCGAUCCGAAGAAUGCCUAUGCCGCUCAGGGCAUUGCCAUCGCCCUUGUCGAUGAUAGGAAGGACUACUCCACUGCGGUUCACAUCUUCUCGAAAGUCCGUGACACCAUCAAGGACGCCAGUGUCUAUCUAAAUCUUGGUCACGUCUAUGCAGAACUGAGACAGUUCACGCGGUCAAUCGAGCACUAUGAAACGGCGCUGUCGAAAGAUCGGGCCCGGGACGCACAGAUUUUAGCUUGUCUGGGGCGAGUCUGGUGGCUGAAGGGUAAACAGGAGAGGAGUCUCGCUGCCAUGAAAACCGCCCUCGACUAUGCCAACCGUGCUCUCGCCGUCGCACCGGAGCAAGUCCACUUGGAGUUCAACGUCGCCUUUGUCCAGAAUCAGAUUGCGCUGCUGGUCAGCAGUCUCCCAGAGACUCAGAGAACGUCCCAGGACGUGCAGCAGGCGGCGGAAGGGCUGGAGAAAGCCAUUGAAACAUUCGAGCGUCUUGCUCAGGUGAAAAACCCUCCGUACCCGCGAGGCUCCUUGGAGCAACGAGCAAACAUGUGUCGAAACACGAUCACCAAACAGCUCGAGCGUGCUCUGCAGAGCCAGAAGGAGUACGAGGAGAAGAACGCUCUCAAGCUUCAACAAGCUCGUGCCGCCCGUGAAGCCGAGAUCAAGCGACGCGAAGAAGAAGUCCGGAAGGCGCAGGAAAUCGAACAGGAGAGGAAGAGAAAGAUUGCGGAAGAAAGACAGCGGAUGGUUGAGGAAACCCAGCGGAUUGCGCAGCAACGUGCCGAAGAAGAGAGAGCGAGAGAAGCUGCGGAAUUCACGACGGAUGAGGAGACGGGAGAACGGCACAAGAGAAAGAAGAAACAGUCGAAGCGGAAGAAGAAGGAAGCAGAGGAGGAUAUUGUUGUGCCUGAUGACAGGAGCGUGGGGGGAGACAAUGAGGAAGAACGAGCGCCAAAGAGACGGAGGCGGUUGGAGCGUCGGUCUGCGGCGAAAGAGAGGAACAACAAAUACAAGAGCAGCGAGCUUGUGGUCGAGUCAGACAGCGAUGAGGGAAUCGCACCCGCUCCUGAAACAGAAGCAGAAGCAGAGGCCGAAGCCGAAGCAGAAGCAGGAGACACCGCCAUCAAAGACGCCGACUCUGCAGCUGACGACCUUUUCAACGACGACGAAGAUGAGGACGAGCUGGCCGCCACAUCUGCCGCGAAAGAAAGAAGCCGAGCCAGGGCCGCCAAGCGCGUUGUUGAAUCGGACAGCGAGGAGGAGGAAGAAGGACCUAGUCCUGCAGCGGCAUCCGACAAGAAAGAGGAUCAGGAUGAAGACGAAGAGAUGCGUGAUGUUGACGCUGACGCUGGCGCUGACGCUGGAGGCGACCAUGAAGACGAAGAAGAGUGA